UCCGAUCAGCUGCGAGAGCGUGUGGUGCAACAGGCAGACCCGUGGUUCGAUGGAUUUACCACAAUCUUUUUCGGUCUCCUAAUAUUGAUUCCAGUGCAUUCCUUUUUUUCUAAAUUUGUUUCUAGCAGUAUUGCUCUUCUAAAGAACACAGAUGCCGUAUAAAUAAGAAGACGAAGCGUUGUACGAUGCUCCACGCACGCCUGUUUGUCGCUUCGAAAGUUUCGACGUUGAUACUCGAUCGUCAACAUUUAACCAGUGUUUAAUCUCGGUAACAUUGAAACGACAUCGUUUCUCGUUCGUCGCGGGCCUUCGACGAUGGAGACCUUGCAGAACACCGGGGCUGCCCGGCCGCCCAGGGCGUUCAACAAGAGGAAUCCGACGCAAGAGACCGGCGCGCCGGGGGAAAAUGCCUUGGGAAGGUUGCUCGAGAUCAAGGAGGACAUCAGGAUCGACGGCGUGUACGGGUUCCGUCGAGUCACCGACGCGAGGGAGAGGAUAGGAUUUCUGCUCAACAUGCACGCGACGGAGAUCGUGGAGGACGACAAGCGUCUGCUGAGCGGCGUGGAUUAUUACUUCAUCGAGGAGGACGCCACCAGAUUUAAAGUGUCACUGCCGUACUCGCCGUACUUCUACGUUUUGUGCCGCAAGGACACGUUUGAGGAGGUGUCGACGUUUCUGUCCAAGAAGUACGCGGGUACUUUGACGAAAAUCGAGACCGUUUACAAGGAGGAUCUCGACCUGCCUAAUCACUUGAUUGGACUGAGACAAAAAUACCUGAAGGUUUCCUUCGCCAACAUUGUCGACUUGACGAAAGUCAAGCGCGACAUUGUGCGCGUUGUUAGAAUUAACAAAGAGCGAGAGAAGGGCAAAACUUACUACACGGACAUGCUAGCGACUACCUUGCAGCCGAACGAACAGGACAGCGGUAGACAAACUUUAGAUCACAUGGAUAAUAUUCUUGAUAUUAGGGAACAUGAUGUACCUCAUCAUGUGCGAGUAUCCAUAGACGCUAACAUCUUCUGUGGAGUCUGGUACUCUGUAAAGAGCAGGGGAAGCGAACCACCUGUAAUCACGCGAAAGGAAGACAUGAUCGAACCACCUGAGCCUAUUGUGUUGGCGUACGAUAUUGAAACUACGAAGCUGCCGUUGAAGUUUCCAGACGCCAGUUUCGAUCAAAUCAUGAUGAUAUCGUAUAUGAUAGAUGGGCAGGGAUACUUGAUAACAAAUAGAGAAUUAAUCUCUGCGGACAUACGAGAUUUCGAGUAUACGCCAAAACCAGAAUUCGAAGGUCCUUUCACGAUAUUCAACGAGCCUAACGAGAAAGCAGCUAUAGCGAAAUUUUUCAACCACAUUAAUGAAAUAAGGCCGCAUAUAUUUGUAACGUACAACGGCGAUUUCUUCGACUGGCCGUUUGUUGAAGCUCGAGCAGCUGUACAUAAUAUGGACAUGAAGGAGAACAUUGGUUUCUCUAAAAACCGUGAGGGUGUCUACGUCAGUAGAGCUGCUAUGCACAUGGAUUGCUUAUGUUGGGUAAGACGUGACUCUUAUCUGCCGGUGGGUUCUCAAAACUUGAAAGCCGUCGCUAAAGCCAAGUUGAGAUAUGAUCCAGUGGAACUUGAUCCGGAAGAGAUGUGCAGAUUAGCAUCGGAGGAACCUGAAGUGCUCGCGAAUUAUUCCGUCUCUGAUGCCGUGGCAACAUAUUAUCUCUAUCAGAAAUACAUUCAUCCCUUCAUAUUCGCAUUGUGCACUAUUAUUCCUAUGGAACCCGAUGAAGUACUCAGAAAGGGAUCUGGUACACUGUGUGAAUCACUUCUUAUGGUUCAAGCCUUCCAAGCUAAUAUUAUAUUUCCUAACAAGCAAGAAACCGAAUUAAAUAAAUUAACAAAGGACGGUCACUUACUGGACCAAGAGACCUAUGUGGGUGGACACGUGGAGGCUUUGGAAUCUGGUGUUUUCAGAGCUGACAUUCCUUGCCGUUUUAAAAUUGUCCCGAGCGCCGUGGACGAGUUAAUCAGUGGUGUAGAAAGUGCCUUGAAACACACGAUACAAGAAGAGGAGAAAGUACCGAUCGAUAUGGUUACGAAUUUUGACGAAAUAGUGAAUGAAGUUAAGGGAAAAUUAAAGGAGCUUAAAGAUCAGCCUUUGAGAUUAGAAAAUCCUGUAAUUUAUCACUUGGACGUAGGCGCCAUGUAUCCUAAUAUAAUUUUGACUAAUAGAUUGCAACCUUCCGCGAUAGUAAAUGAGAUGGACUGCGCGGUAUGUGAUUAUAACAAGCCUGACGCUCUUUGUCAAAGAAAGAUGCAAUGGAUGUGGAGAGGCGAAUAUUUGGCUGCAAGUUUGGGCGAAUAUCAGAGAAUAAAGCAACAAUUAGAAACUGAGAGGUUUCCACCACAAUUUCCUGGUGGUACUAAGAGAGCUUUCCACGAAUUGCCCUUGAAAGAGCAAGCCACAUUUCAAAAGAACAGGCUUACCGAGUAUUGCAAAAAGGCGUACAAGAAGGUCAAAAUUACCAGAAUGGAAGAGAGAACCCAGACGAUUUGUCAGAAGGAGAAUUCGUUUUACGUAGACACUGUAAGAGCAUUUAGGGACAGAAGGUACGAAUACAAAGCGUUGACUAAAGUUGCUAAGCGGCAAGUAGCAGCGGCAGUUGCGAAAGGAGAUGCGGCUGAUAUCAAAUCUGCCAAGAAUAGAGAAAUUUUGUACGAUUCUCUUCAGCUUGCUCACAAAUGUAUUCUCAAUUCUUUUUAUGGCUACGUUAUGAGGAAGGGGGCGCGAUGGCACAGCAUGGAAAUGGGUGGCAUCGUAUGUUACACAGGAGCCCACAUUAUCAUGAAAGCUAGAGAAAUUAUAGAACGGAUUGGCCGUCCAUUGGAAUUGGAUACUGACGGUAUAUGGUGCAUAUUACCCGCGUCUUUUCCAGACUCUAUUGUAGUUCACACUACUCAUGAAAAGAAGUCGAAAUUUACGAUCUCGUACCCGAAUGCGGUUCUCAAUUUCAUGGUGAAGGAUCAAUUUACCAACGAGGUAUACCAUGAUCUUGUGGAUCAGGAUAAUUUAACGUACGAAGUCAGAAGUGAAAAUUCGAUAUUUUUCGAAGUUGACGGACCGUAUCUGGCGAUGGUUUUACCCGCUGCCAAAGAGGAGGGAAAGAAAUUGAAGAAACGAUACGCGGUUUUUAAUUUCGACGGCUCACUGGCCGAGCUUAAGGGAUUUGAAGUAAAAAGGAGGGGCGAAUUGCAGCUGAUAAAAAUCUUCCAAGCCUCCGUUUUCGAAUCCUUCCUAAAAGGAAACACGUUAGAGGAAUGUUACGCCUCGGUCGCGAAGGACGCGGAUUAUUGGCUGGAUUUAUUGUACAGCAAGUGCGCGAACAUGCCCGACUCCGAAUUGUUCGAGCUCAUAUCUGAGAACAAAUCUAUGUCACGUAAAUUGGAAGAAUACGGCGCGCAGAAGUCCACGUCCAUCUCCACGGCUAAGAGAUUGGCCGAAUUUUUGGGCGACGAGAUGGUUAAGGACGCAGGCCUGGCUUGUAGAUACAUUAUAGCGAGUAAGCCGCAGAGCGCGCCGGUCACCGAGCGCGCGAUACCGUUGGCCAUCUUUCAGUCGGAACCGGCGGUGCGGAGACACUACUUGAAAAAGUGGUUGAAGGAUCCCACUUUGUACAGCGAUGACAUAAGAGAUAUUUUGGACUGGAAUUAUUACAUCGAGCGACUCGGGAGCGCCAUUCAAAAGAUCAUCACUAUACCAGCGGCGAUGCAAGGCCUGCCGAAUCCAGUCCCGCGAGUGCAGCAUCCACCUUGGUUGCACAAGAAAGUGACAGAGAAGAAUACGUCCCAUCGUCAGAAAAAGAUCACAGACAUAUUUUCUGUUGUGGUCAACGACACGUCACGUGCAAGCGGCGCCGAGGAGUCCCGCGAUAUUGAGGAUCUCGCAGGACCGUCCACUAGCUUCAAGACGCCAAUGUCGGUUGUCAACAAGAGGAAAAGGCAGCAGUCAGAUGAGGAUGAGACAAUCAGAGCCAGGAGCUGGAAAGAAGCUUUGGGCUCGCCACCUCCCAGAGGAACGACGAAAGAAGAGAAGUUCAAAUGGCUGGAGUUUCACAAGAAAAAGUGGGCUUUCCAGGCCAAGCAGAGGCAGCAGCAUCGGCAGAAGAGGAGCAAGACCGACGAAAAUGAUAGAGUCGCCUGGGGAGUUAUACGAAAUACGAAUACGUCUACCAUGACUGGCUUUUUGAGGCGCGCUCAGAGGAAAUUGCUCGAGACCCCGUGGGAGAUCGUUCAGCUGUCGGAAACGGGUGAACCCGGUAUGUUUCGAUUGUGGAUACUGGUCGACACGCAGUUGCAUCAAGUACGUCUCGUGGUGCCCCGUAUAUUUUACGUCAACACCCGCAAGGCGAGGCCCGAUCCAGGACCUAACGAGCUCUGGAAGAAGAGCUUCAAAUCUCUACCGCGCUCUCGCCCGGUGUACAACUUGUAUCGAUAUUCUCUGCCAGAGUCUCUGUUCCAAGAGCACAGCCGGGAACUCCUGGAGGACUUGAGUAAACCGGAGAUCGAGGGGAUCUACGAGACGCAAAUGUCUUUGGAAUUUCGAGCCGUGCUGCAGUUGGGAUGCGUGUGCAUAGUGGAUCCGCGUGCCGCGCGGAAGAUGGCGGACGGGGCCGACACGUUCACGCUGGAUCAGUUGGAAUUCAAGAGCAUCGCCUUUCAGCCCUACCUCAAGCGUACCGACUCGAUCAACUACAUAUUCCUCUAUCAUCAUUGGAGCGCGAACCGCCAAAGAGCACUGUGGGGCUUGUUCCUAAGCGCCAGCAAGAGAGCUCACGUAUUCGUCUUGGACUCGGUCGCUUCCAAUCAACUGCCGAAUAUGAGCAUGCUGUACGCGCAGGAGCGUAAAGCAACGCUGGAAAAGAACGGCGAGGACAAGAUAGACAGGUUGCCCAAAACGAUGCAGUUCGUGGUGCAAGUUGAAACGAGCUUCCAGCAGGUGUGCCGGACGUUGCAGGCAGCCCUGACGACGUACAAGAACGAGGGCCACGGCGCGACGAUUGUCAUUAAUCAAGCCGCUCUCGACAGGACAGUGUUGACUACCGAGAUGCCGCUUCUCAAUGAGUUUCCUCUCGUCAGUACGCACGUGCGAGACGUCGAGAAUCUGUACGGCACGUUAGAGUGGCAGAAGACGGGCGCGAAAAUGAUGGUCCGGCACUACCUGAAGAGUCAGCAGAUCGUCGAAUUGAUCGCGGAGCAGUGCCGAUUCUUCCACGCUCCUAUCGGCAACGUGCCCGCGGAUCCCACGCUCUUCGGCGCGGACUUGUUCUACGCCCGGCACUUACACAGGAACAACUUCGUCCUGUGGUGCUCGUCCACGGAGAAGCCCGACUUGGGCGGCAGCGAGAACGACGACAACAGGCUGCUGACGGACUUCGAGGAGAGCGCGAGCUGCGCCGCGAACAAUCCCGGCACGUAUUCCAGCGUUUGCGUACAAUUGGACGUGGAGAGUCUGGCGGUUAACGCAUUGCUGCAAUACCAUCAUAUCCACGAUAUAGACGGGACCAGCACGUUUGUGGCCUUUCACAAUCAACAGCGUCCGUCCGUUCAGGACAUGGCAAUGGGUGGCGAUGCCGCGACGAUCAUUCCCAGCUACGAUGAAAUCACCCUGUGCAAUCCGGCGUUUAAGACGCUGCGAAGCAUGGUGAACGCGUGGCUGCUCGAGGUAUCCGCUUAUAAAAACGUAUUCGCGGACUAUCAGCUGAUCCACUUCUAUCGGUGGCUGAGAACCUCAAGUGCCUUGCUUUACGAUCCUGCCCUACGCCGCACUCUGCACACCUACAUGAAGAAGCUGUAUAUACAAUUAAUAGCAGAGUUCAAAACGCUAGGCUGCAUUAUAGUCUUUGCGAACUUCAACAAGAUUAUCGUGUGCACGAAGAAGAGAUCUGUGAACGACGCCUUAGGCUAUAUGGAGUUUGUCGUUCAAACCAUACGGAACAAAGAGCUGUUUCACAGUAUUGAAAUUACUUAUGAUCAAUGUUGGGAAUAUCUAAUAUGGCUUGACCUGCACAAUCACGCUGGCAUUAGAGGACAGCUAUCCAGGGACGAUACGGAAGAUGAGAAUACUGAAAGUGACGAUGACACGCCUCAAAUAAUGAUGAAUUGGAGUUUGAUGGAAAUCCUGCCUCAGGAAGCAGGGUGUCAAGCGAGUUUCAACGCUGUAACAGCGGGAUAUAUAAACGCGGUGUACCAGUGUAUGAUUGAGAACGAAGCCAACACCACCGUAAGGCCGAGGAGAAGACACAGCCAGAGUCAAUCGUUUAUAGCCCCACUUGGUCUAGGUGCAUUGGAAAAUACAGCCGAGUUCGCGAAAAAAUUGAUAUCGGGAGAAAUGUCUCAGAGAUUGUUCAAAAUAGCCCAAAAGAUACAUCGGAAUUUACCGGAAAAGGCAUUAACUCUCGAGGAAUACCCUAAUUUGGAUAUGGGUGGAAAAGAAAGUAUAAGGAUCAAUCCUGCACUUGAGUUAAUCAAAGCAGUGUGCAAGGUUUUAUCUUUGGAUAAGGAAGUGGAACACGAGGUUUAUAACUUAAAGGCAAAUUUGUUAAGAUUGAUCGGAGUCGGUAGCUACGGCGACAAUGUCGAGUGGAAUGAACCGUGUAUCACUCUCGUGUUACCAGAAGUUAUAUGUAAAGCAUGCAAUCACACGAGAGACAUUGAUCUCUGUAAAGAUCAGUGUUACUCAAAUGAAAAUAACAGGCACAUGUGGAAAUGUCCCAUCUGUGACACGUUUUACGACAACACGGAGAUAGAAUUUCUAUUGAUUGACAAAUUGAAUCGCAAAAGUAUGGGCUACGUGUUGCAAGAUCUACAGUGUCGAAAGUGCAAAGAGAUCAAACGAGACAACAUGAAUAUAUUGUGUUCCUGCUCAGGCGAAUACGACAAUUUAAUCUCGCGAGACGAAGUUACAACAUAUGUAAAUAUAUGCAAAUCUAUAGCCACCAAGUGUAAAAUGAGUAUUUUAGCGGAGAUAGUGGACAACACGAAGCUCUUCACGGGCUAGUGAUUAAACUAAGGAUUGCCCU